AUGGGCAACUGUCGUAGCAACCCCGAGACCAAUGAACCCGACACUGUCUCCGAGGAACAGCUGAAUAUGGUCGAACAGCAUGAAGAUAACAUGGCUCACGAAAAUGUGGAGGAGACCGCUGUUGUCUGGGAUGAACACUCUCCAAGCAGCACCAAUCAGGGAAACACAUGUAGAAUUGAAGCAGAAAAGGUAACAAAGAAGAAGACGGAAUCGCGAAAGGAGAAGGAAAUAAUGCGCACUGUCUAA